CAAUGGUGUUUUUUAUUAUUAUUAUUAUUUUCAGCCCAUCACAUAGAAACAGGGAAAGCAAGUCUUUAAUGUGAUGGUCAGACAUGCUUGCUGAAAGCAGGCAGUGGCCAGGAAAAUAAUCUCUCUAUCUGGCAUCCAAAAUGAACUGCAUGAAAAGAUUACACAGAAAUUAACAUAAAUCCAAGACUUGAUUAUAUAUAUUCAUUUGUUUUUCUUUGUUAUAUUUUACACUCCCAAAUUCAAUAAAAAGGGUUCCUUGCAGUUUACAUCCUAAAAACAGAAUAAAAACUUCAGAACAAAUCGAGAAAUAAACAAUGAUGGUAUAUAUUUUGCUUUUCCUCCAAAAGCUGAAGGCAGUAACCAUAGCAUUCCUCCAUUUUUCCCCCAGAAUAGCAACUUUGUGAAGUAGGUUGGAAGAGAGAAAAAUAGCAACUUGUUCAAAGUCACCCAAUAAACUUCAGUGACCAAGAGAGGUUUUUAGGCUAGAUCUCCUAAACUUUAGUUCAGUCCUCUAACCAUAGUAUCAAAUGGGGUCACAUAGACUUCUCAAGAGAUUCGCCUUUCACAAAUCUGCUACUAUACAGCAGCACCAAUUAACCAUUGAUCUGUACCCAUGAAACUGAUCCCAUGUAAUAGUGUUUAACAGCAGUUUCACAGAAACUAUUUCAGAUAUUUUUUCUACAGCGCAAGUAAGUUUGUUGUUUCAUAACAAGGACAAAUUAAACUGAUUUGUCUACAAUUGGAAUGCAAAUGAAGAUUCUUUCAGUUUGAACCCAACACUCGUUGUACAGAAUGAUGAAAUAGAUUGUAAGAGAUGAAAAAAAUGUAAAGAUAAAAAGAAUUGUGAUUUUCAGAUGUUCUAACAGCCUGCUAAUACUUGGAGAUCAUAUACUAUGAUAGAAGAUUUUCUGUAUGUCUGAUCUAAUUUCUCUAGAUCAGAUCUAGAUCUGACUUAGUUAGGUGUCUGAGGUUUUACCACUGAAAUGGUUGUGAAGGAAAUGGUUGCAGCCAUUAACAUCAAUGCUAGGCAUAUUAAAAAAGCUGGAGUGGCAUGCUGGCACUUAAGGCAGAUCAACCAUUAAAUAAUAUUAAAGCCUUUACUUGGCUUGAUUAGAGAAAUUUUGCUGAACACCAUAGGAUGGGAAUUGCAACAUCAAUGGAGUACCUCAUCUGUUAUUCUUUCUUAAGUUUAUUUUUAUUAAAUUUCUAAGCUGUCCAUCUCAUCUAAGUGAUUUUAUGUUCCUCUCUGUGCCCUCAAAAUAAUCAGUGAAAGACCUGCCUGGGUUGCUCAUUAUUCUAAGGUAAGGAACUAGGCAGCCUUUUUCAGUAACAGACCCCAGUGCUUACUAAUGAGAAAUGCCUCAGAAUAGUUUUGCUUUCUUCUUGGACAAAGACUUCUGUUUCCUUAGACAUUAUUAUCUUAUCACAUUAAACAUAUAUGCUGCUGAGAAACUGCUUAACUAUUCUGGCUGUUGCUUUCAUUCUUUUGUGACAUGGGUUUUAAUAGGUGAGAGUUCAUUCUGGGGAUUUAAAUGCAUUGUAAACUGCCGUGGGAGAACUUGGUUUGAACAUCAUCAUGCAAAGAUUAAACAAAAAGGUUAUUGUGAAAAAUGGAUGCAAAAUGCCAGGAGAGGUGCAUUUUGUAGCACAUUAGGUAUGUAAAGAAGAGAUUGGUAGACAAAUCAAACAAGAAUCUCUUUACUCAAGGCCUACCUUAAGCACCAGCUGGAACUACACUUAAUAUAUGCAGGUAGUUCUUGACUUAUGGCCAUAAUUGAGCCCAACAUUUCUGUUGCUAAAUGAAACAUUUGUUAAGUGAAUUUUGCCCCAUUUUACGACCUUUCUUGCCAGUUGUUAAGCAAAUCACCGCAGUUGUUAAACUAGUAACACGGUUCUUAAGCGAAUCUGGUCUCCCCACUGACUUUGCUUGUCAGAAGCUCCCAAAAGCGGAUCACAUAACCCCGGAACCCUACAACCAUAAGUCUGAGUCCCGUUGCUAAGUGUUUGAAUUUUGGUCACGUGACCAUGGGGAUGCUGCAACAGUCGUGUGAAAAAUGGUCAUAAGUCACUGUUUUCAGUGCCGUUGUAACUUCUGAAUGGUCACUAAGUGAACUGUUGUAAAUAGAAGACUCCCUGUACCACAAUACUCUCGCUCCACCCCUAAGCAAUGAAGCCUCCGGAUUCCUCAGUUUUUAUGGCGAGCAAAGCUGCACGUGUUCAAACGUCCUCGGCGUACCAGCAUCAUUUCCAAAAAAUUACUCCCAAUUGUUCUUCAAGCCACAGAGGGAGUAUCUCCAAAUGCCUCCCCAUAACCCACACACCGCACCUGUUGCAAGGCUUGGCCGAGGGAAGAACUGAGGCAGGCUUUCAGCACAAAGCCUGUUGGGGGGGGGCGGAAGCGUCUGCUCCCCGCCCCUCUCCUGCCUUUCAUAUUCCCAUAAUGGAGAUGGGGAAAGGAUAUUAGAAGUAGGUACCGAAACCCAAGGCCGGGUUCGCCCAUAGCUCCGCGCGGGACUCCAGCUCGCCGCCUUUUCUGCGUCCCUCGCCGCCCCUGCGCAGUGCGAGCAAAGGGGCGGCCGAGAAUUCCGGCGACCAAUUACCGCGACGAGAGGAGGAGCGCAAGCCCGGGAUCGUCCGCCUGCCGAGCAGGGCGCUCCAGGCACACACACAAACACACACACAAGCCCGGGAAAGGAUGGAGGGCGAGCGGGGCACGUCGCAGUCGCCGCGGCCGGUCUCCUCCUCCCCUCGCCCUGGCGGUGAGGCCACUGCAGCCCCGGCCUGCGCCGAGCCGCCAGCGCCCCUCGCGGACUCAGCGCGGCCGCUACUGCCGCCCUCUUCCCCGGAGCUGCUGGAGUUCGACGACGACGAGGAUCUGGAAGUGUUCAGCAAGGAUGCAUCACUUCUGGAGGUGAAUUCAUUCAGUCCUUUGAUGCCCACAUCUCCAUCUUCAAUGAUAAAUCAGUACAAAUUUGAGGAUGAACCAGAAGGAAAGGAUCUUUUCAUAACGGUUGAUGAUCCAGAAAGCUAUAUUACUGCCAUCGAGACAUUCAUCACUUAUAGAAUUGUCACCAAGACAACUCGUAGUGAAUUUGACUCUAGUGAGUAUGAAGUUAGGAGACGCUAUCAGGACUUUCUUUGGUUGAAAGGAAGACUUGAAGAAGCACAUCCAACACUUAUUAUUCCGCCAUUGCCUGAAAAAUUCAUAAUGAAAGGAGUUGUGGAACGAUUUAAUGAAGAAUUCAUUGAAACAAGAAGGAAAGCUUUGCAUAAGUUUUUAAACCGGAUUGCUGAUCAUCCUACUUUAACUUUUAAUGAGGACUUCAAAAUUUUUCUUACUGCGCAAGCAGAGGAACUUUCAUCUCACAGGAAGCAGGGCCCUGGCUUACUUAGCAGAAUGGGACAAACAGUCAAGGCAGUGGCUUCAUCAAUGCGAGGCAGUGCUGUGAAAAACCGCCCGGAAAUAUUUACAGAAAUGAGUGACUAUGUCGAUGUGUUUAACCAGAAAAUCAAUCUACUGAACAAAAUCUCCCAGCGAGUUUACAAAGAAAAAAAAGACUAUUUUUAUGAGAUGAAGGAAUCUGGUCCAAUUUACACACUGUGGUCUGCUUCGGAAGAAGAUCUGGAAGAUAUAUUAAAAGGGAUGGCUACAGGCAUUGACCAGUGUUGCAAAGCUGCGGAGAAAUGGAUGGCGGCACUGUACGAAAGCUUCUUCCCUGUUAUACACGAAUAUUUGCUUUACAAUGAAAUAUUGAUGGGUGUUUUGAAAAGAAGGGACCAGAUCCAAGCAGAACUAGAUUCCAAAACUGAUGCUAUGUAUAAUAAAAAAGCUGAAAAUGACCUGUUGCCUGAAGAGAUUGGAAAACUUGAAGAUAAAUUAGAGUGCGCCAAUAAUGCUCUGCAAGCAGAUUGGGAAAGAUGGAAGCAAAACCAGCGUCUCGAUAUGAAAUCAGCAUUUAGCAAUAUGGCAGAAAAUAAUCUCCACUAUUAUGAGCAGUGCCUUGCAACCUGGGAGUCCUUCUUGACCACUCAAACUGCAGCAGACAUUACCUUGGAAGAAGAAUCUGAAGAUCAGUCUUGAUCGAGGCAUCCUCUUGUGAAUUGUUCUUCACCAAAGAAUUACUUUAUAUUUGAGAUGAAAUUCAUUUAUUGUGUAGAGAUAUUAAGAUUCAAGAGUGGGAGAGUAAGCUUGUUGAUAUGUCAGGUAUUCCAUUAUCCUGGACUUUAUUUGAAUCAUGGUUUGUGUAUGUAUUUUUGGUAGUGGCGGAAGAAAAAGAGAGGCCCAGUUCUGAUGUAACAUUAACCUCAUUUAAUACUGUGGGGACAAGUUUAGAAUUUCAAAGCAUGCACUCCUGCCUUCUCUUCCUUUUGAUGGAAGUACAGUAACAUUAGAUUUUUUUCCCUUCAGUUUUUACAUUAACUGUAGCUUAAUUCUAAACCCAAACCAACAAUGAGAAACAAGUCUGUUUCUUGAGACAGUGAGUUUCAGUGAAUUUAGUUUUACUUAAGUCUAUUCAAAAUAAACUCAGAGAAAGAAAUGAGAGGGAGACAUUGUUUUUUCUUGUAACAUUAAACUGCGAUAGUAACACCUUACAACUAGGAUUUAGCACUAAACUAUAGGUUAUAACACUUUCUUAUAAUACUUAACCAUGGGUACAUCCAAACUGGGCCACUGAGGUGAGAAUAUGAUUGCCGGCAUUUUUCUGGAGAUAUUUUGUUUUUUUAAUACUGUGCAGUUUGAAUAUAAAAUAUUUUAAAUAUGCAUUUUAAUAAUAAACAAGUUUAUUAGGAAUUCA